CAAAUUUUAAAUAUAUUACAUAUAUAUUAUUAAAUGUAAUUUAAAAUAAACAAAAUUAUUGUUUUUGCUUAUUUUAUGCUUAAAUAAUCAACUUUAUAUUAAAUAUUAGUCAAAAAUAAUAAAAUAUAUAAUAUUAAUAAAUUUCAUUUUAAAUAUAAUUUAAAUUUUAAAAAAUUUAUCACUGCACAUGGUGCAGGAAAAGACCUAGUUAUAGUAAAAUAAGACUGCUACACAGGUCAAAUAAUCUUUCUGAUAUUAGAAAGGAAAAAAAACUAAUAUGAAACAAGGAUACCUAGCAUAAUUUUCCCAUUAUGCAUCUCUCAACCAUGUUCCCUAAAGACGAUUUCAACACUUACAUCAUAUCUCGACAAUAUUUCCAACUUAGAUCACUCAACAGCAUGUUCAGCCAAAUUAUCCCUCAAACAAAAGAUUAGAUGAUAUAUAUAAAAAAUACAAGGCAAAACGAUAUAUAUACAAAAACCUAAAACAGUUACCAUGGAAAAGACAAAGACAAUAAACAGACCCAAACAAAAACAUCAAAACACAUCGAAAGUUGUCUGUUACGUUAAACCAAAAAAAAAAAGUUGUCUGUUACGUACUUAGAUCUCUGUCUUAAAACCAGACUCCAAAAAUAGACAAAACAAAAUAUAGGGCAGGCUCUCUGAUUUCGAACACAACAAUCAUGUAAGAAAUCUUUUAAGAGACUGCUCAAGCAAAUUGCAAUUUUAAAUAUAGGCCGGGUGAAAUUGGGAACUAGCAUAAGGUUAAACCGCAAGAACCCCUUUGGAUCGGCCGUAUAAACAAACAUUCUCAUAACAAAACGAAAACGAUAAAAGGGUUUAUCAAAAACGAAUGUACGAUAUUUUCUUCAGAUUUGCAACAACGAAAAUUAUUUGCAAUGAGAUGUAAAGAAUAGACAGUUGGGUUUGGAUUUAUGCCCGCAACGGAACAAGAACAGCAUGUAAUAGCUGCUUUGAUCUCUCAUAGGCACUUCGUUUAAACCCUUAAAAGCGGCGAUGUGUACUUAUAAGCGCGAGAUGACGUAGACCGUAGGUACAAAUUGUCUAUUUUACCCCUGUUUACUUCUCAGCGGAGGUUGACCUAUUUACUGUCCGAAAACUUUGUAAUCUCUGAAGCAGCCAUGAGUUUCUGAAACCUCUCAAACGGUACCUAUAUUUUGAAAGCUACAUUUAGUCCCCUCAUAUACUUGUUACAAGCUUUAAACUACAAUUAUAAAUUUUUUAUUUUAAACUACGUCUAACUCAUUGAAAUCUAAUACAAAUUUUAAAUAUAACAGUUAAUGAUUUCAACAAAAAUUUAAGGGCUUCUUUCAAAAAUAUUCAAAAUUUCAAGUCAAACACAAAAAUAACUUAUACUUUUUUUGAAACUUUAUUUUAUCAUAUUCAUCCUUGAAAUUCUAGUUAUUCAUGAAAAUGUUAUUAUUAUUAUUUUCGAAAAUAAUGCUUUUACCUUACUAUCCUCAUCUUCACCAAAUAUUUACAACUUUGUCAUUGACAUCAAUAUCUCAACCACCAAUGAACUACCAAAUUGAGAGUGUUAAUGCCCUAAAGUUUCGAUUUUUUCUCAUUUUUUCUCAUUUUCUAUCCACACAAACCACAUAUCGUACACUUUCUCUCAAAUUUCAUCAAAAAAAAACUGAAGAUUUUGAUUACAAAUUAUGUAAGGUUCAUAAGCUCACGAUUCUUGGUGAUUAACAAGUAGGUAUCUAUUCUCUUGAUGUUCUGGGUGAUUGGAGAAACUACGCAAGUCAUCUCACGAGUUCAAGGUAUGAAAUCGCGAACCAUAUUUUGUUUUUCAGAUCUGUUCGACGAAGAAGUCGUCUGGUCAAUGCAUAGGUUAGUUUUGCAAUUGACCUUUUGUGUGUGUUUUAAUAUAAAACUUCCCUAAAAGUCUUCUAACUUUCCUUUGUAAACAAUUUUUUUUGAAAUUCCCAGUUCUCGGAUAAACAUGUUACUUUUAUUGAUCGAAGUUGAUCAGAAAUUUGACUUUUUGUAGAAGACUUCCUAAGAAGUCUUCUUGGAAAAAACUUCUACAUAAGUCUUUUGAAAGUCUUCCCUAAAUCUUCUCAAUGCCGAAAGAUAUCUGCGUGGGUUACUUUUGUAAUUGAAAAAUAAUAGUAUAACAUUUAAUAUCAAUGAGAAAACUUCUUUAAAAGUCUUCUCGAGUUUGAUUAUGGGUUUUGGUCACAUCUUUGCCCGCGAGAGAAGACUUCUAGAGAAGUCAUCCUACAGAAGAUUUCUAAAGAGACCUUCUCUCGAAAAGUAAAAUAUAGUCAAUGCAAAAGUAAGCCAGCAGACUUUUUGCAACAUCCAGAAGACUUAGAGAAGACUUCUUUUAAAGUAUUCUCCAGGUAGACUUCUCCAGAAGUCUUCUAAAAAAAUUCAAAUUCUAACCAACUUCGGUCAAAUUCAAAAGUAACUUGUUUAUCCAGAGAAGACUUCUUUGGGAAUUUCGAAAAAAAAAUUCAAUUUCAAAAGUAAGCCAAUAUUUAUAAAGGAAGACUUCUGAAGAUGUCUUCUGUAGAGUAGACUUCUUAAGAAGUCUUCCUUCGUAAAUUUGCAAUUGCAAAAAUUACCUAAACAGAAGACUUCUUUGAAGUCUAUACAGAGACUUCUUUUAAAGUCUUCUGUGGAUGACCUCCAAAGAAGUCUUCUACAAAAAUCUUUAUUAAACUUCAAAUUUAUCCAAAAUUAAAAUGAAUUUUUAAUAUUUUCUUGCUAAUUCAUGUUUAUUAGUAAAUAUUGGGACUACUGAACCGAAUUAAUAACUUAAUUGGCGAUAAUUACGAAGUUACAAACAUUGAUAUUUAGUAAUGUUUCUAGCUAAACGUAGAAGUCUUCUUUAAGUCUUCGUCAUAAGUGUUAACUUUCAAAAGUGUUAAGUAAAUUCAAGAAUAUCAAGUCUUGUGGUUUAAUGUGUCUUUUUAGAGCAUAAGAUAUAAUUUUUAACUUACCUGAAAUUUAAAAAAAAAUCAACUUUCACUUAAAAUUCAAGUUUGAUCUUUUGUGAAUUUGACUAAGUUUUUUUAAAGUCUUCUCUCUUAGUUUUAGUAAAUUUGACUAUGUUUUGUGUUGUUGUGUUUUGUUAUGAGUGUGUAGAAUGGUUAAAAAACAUUGUGGUAUGUUGUAUCAAUAACUUCAAAAAUGUCAAGUACUUUUAGCAAAACAUGAACAUAUUUAGCAAAUUCUUUUGAUUAACAUUUCCUUAAGUUUACAAAAGAAUUCACAACUAAAUAGUGCACAUACAAAUCAUAAAACAGACCAUAAACAAAACUAUUACACAUGAAACUUGAUACCAUUCUUCAACAUAGAUAAGCUUGGACUCCACUUUACUUCAUUCCUUUAUGCCACUUUGGACAGAAGACUUCCCGGAGACUUCGUGGGAAGUCUUCUAGCAUAAAAUAUAUUAGAAGACUUCUCAAGAAGUCUGCUAAGAGUUUUCCGAGAGUUUAUGAGUCUGCCAAGAGUCUUCUGAGAGUUUUUGAGAGUCUUCCAAGAGUCUUCUGAGAAAUCUUCCAAAGUCUAACUCAUAUCUGAAAAAUCUGCAUAUUCAAACUUUAAUGUAUUUUUUGCUAGAAGACGUCCAACGAAGUCUUCCGAGAGUCUUCCAAGAAUCUUUUGAGAAGUUUUCCAAAGUCUGAUUUAGAUCUGAAAAUUUUAUAUACUCAAAAGCAUUAAAAUAGCUUCAAAACAGAGAAAACUUCAAAAACACUUUUUUACGCUUAAUAAUAAACAAAAAAUUAUCACAUUAGGUUGAAUUUAUAAAUUUUUAGAAUCCAAUAUAUAAAACACAAAAAUACAUAUUCAAAAUUUGUACCACUUUGGACAUAAGAUUUCGUGGGAAGUCUUCUAGUAUAAAAUGCAUUAGAAGACUUGUCUAGAAGUCUUCCGAGAGUCUUCUCAGAAGUCUUUCAAAGUCAGUCCCAUAUCUGAAAGACAUGCAAAUUCAAAAACAUUCAAAUGACUUCAAAACAGAUAAAAACUUCAAAAAUAUAAUUUUAUGCUUAAAUAAUAAACAAAACAGUCACAAUAGGUUGAAUCUAUAGCUUUUUAGAAUAUAAUAUAUAAAACACAAAAUAAUACGUAUCCAACAUUUAUAGAUCUACCUUUGAAUGAGUGAAAGAUGAGAACCAUGUAAUGAAAAACAUGUAAAAAUAAGAUAAAUUAGUGAGAAGACAUAAGAAAAAAAUUGAGAAAUGGAUUUAAAUUUGGUGUUUUGAUGUUCAAAGAGAUUAGAGAGAGGUUGGAGAGUGUUAGAGUGAGAAACAUUACAUUUUUGUUACAGCUAUUUGAGAGGAAGAAAAAUAAUAUGUAAAUUUUCUUUAUAUAUAGAGACAAAAAUUUCAAUUAGGUUAAAAGUUUUCUAAGAGAAGACUUCUUGGGAAGUCUUUUAGCUCCUAAAUUCAAAUACAUGAGAAGACUUCUAGAAGAGUUCUGGAAGACUUCGCUUUAGGCGAGAAACCUAUAUUCUACUAAAAUUUAGGCGGGAAACCUAAAUUCUACUAAAUUUAGGCGGGAAUACGUCAGAAGACUUCUUGGAAAGUCUUCUUGUGAAGUCUUCUGAAAGUCUUCUAAACCAUAACCUAAUUAAAUAACUAACUAAAUAGCAAAUACUAAUUCAUUAAACUUAUAAUCAACUUAUAAAGUGUUAAAUAUACACAAAACUAAACACAUGGAGGUCAAAACAAGUUUUUUAAAGUUAAGAUUCCAAAAUCUAAUCCUAAAAAUACCAACAAUACUAUAACAUAUGUUACCAAACCCUAAACUAAAUGUUAUCAUGACUAAUUAUAUUCACUCAUCUAUGUUAAAAAUAAUUCAAAUUUAGUAAAACUAAAUUUCUAUCGUUUUGAAAUGUUUAUUAAUACAUGAUUUCUAUUUUUUUCUUUCAACAUAUUUUUUAUUAAAUUUAUUAAUUAUUUUUAAGAUCUAAUACAUGAGAAGACUUUCUCUAGAAGACUUCUGGAAGACUUCGAUUUAGGCAGAAAACCUAAAUUUUCUAAAUUUAGGCGGGACCCUAAAUUCUACUAAAAUAUAGGCGGGAUAUGUCAGAAGACUUCUUGGGAAGUUUUCUGUGAGUCUUCCAGACCCUAUAAUCAAAUAACUAAGAAAAAACGUUUUCUUAACUUUUAAGAUGUUUAGAAAGUGUUUAAAUCAAGUUAUUAGAUAGUCAUUGAUCACAUAUAGGUCAAAAAAAAUUUUUUUUUAAAACAUGAGAUUUCAAAAUCUAACCCUAAAAAUACUAACAAUACUACAACAUAUGUUACCAUACCCUAAACCAAAGAAUAUCAUGACUCAAUCUACAUUUACUCAUCUAUGCUAAAAAUAAUACAAUUUCAGUAAAACUAAAUUUCCAUCUUUUGGAAAUGUUUAUUAAUACAUGAUUUUGACUUUUUCCCUUUUAAAAUAUUUUUAUAAAAUUAUUAAUUACUUUUAAGAUCUAAUUCAUAAGAAGACUUUCUCCGGAAGACUCCUAGAUGACUUAUGAAAGACUUUGAUUUAGGCGGAAAACCUACAUUUUUCCAAAAUUUAGGCGAGAACCGUAAAUUCUAUUAAAUUUUAGGCAGAAUGUGUCGGGAGACUUCUUUUUAAGUCUUCUGUGAGUCUUCCAGACCCUAAAAUUAAUUAACUAUGCAAAAAACACUUUCUUAAACUUAAAAAAAACUUAAAAAAUGCUUAAAUCAAGCUAUUAGAUACUUACUUAACAUAUAUGAGUCAAUUUGAAAAAAAAAUGAAGGUAAAAUUUCAUAAUCUAACCCUAAAUACACAUACAAUACUAUAACAUAUGUUACCAAACCCUAAACCAAUGACUUAUGAGCCAAUAUACAUUCACUCAUCUAUGUUGAAAAUAAUUCAAUUGAGAAAUAUUUAUUAUUACAUGAUUUCAAUUUUUUACCCAUCAAAAUAUUUUUAUAAAAUUAUAAAUAUAUUUUUAAGAUCUACUGAACAAAAAGACUUACAAAGAAGUCAUCAUAGAGAAUACUUCUUUGUAAGUCUUUUUAACGGAUGGUUCUAAUGAUAAAACUGAAUACAUGUUUUUUCUUUGUUCAUAAGAGACUGUUGUAAUUUUACUAGGUUUUUGAGUUACUUUUGCAUUUGAUUGAAUUUGGGGUACACUUUUGUAUUCAAAAUCAAGUUUUGAGUCAUUUUUGGCAAAUCCUCAAAAAUUUAAUUGUUAAUUUAAUAUAUAUGAUUUUAUGUUAAUUUAAAAUUGUUAGGAGGCGCUUCCCAAGUACGCAAAACUAGCUUUUUUGUCAACUCAUGUUAGAGCAGCAUUAGUGGUAGUAUGAGGAAGAGUCUCUCAGCAUUAGUUCAAUAAAACAACUAGACAAAAGAGGAGAGAGGGAGCGGAAAGUAAGAGAGAGAGAGGGAAACGAUUCUUCUCUGAGAGAUGUUUUUAAGAGUGUGAGAGCUUUUUCUACAAGGUGUCAGCACAUAAUUAGUUUAGGGCUUUUCUAUUUAAAUUUUAGUUAAAAUGCUAAAUUAUAUUAUUAUUUUAUGUUUAACAGAAGAGUUGAGAAACCACAUUGCUGCUGAUGAUCUUAAAAGCAAGGUGGAGGAAGUGGACAAGUAGGCAAAAGCUUCUUCGCUAUUAUUCCCUGAAGAGAUGUUAUAUUCCUUUCUAGGAAGUAUUGUUCCUAUUUUUUUUUUUUUCUGAAACUUGUUCCUAUUGUGUUUACUUUUUGGUUUUUACAUCUUUCUGAACUGUUUUGUUUUUUUACAGCAAAUAAAAAUGCAAUUUCUCAAAACUCAACAUCUUCGUCUCUCACUAAGUCCAUGCUUACUGUUGUUAUGAGAUAUGUCUGAACAACACUUGAAGCAUUUUCGAAGUGCCGUCUUCUUUGAUGUGAUGUAGCUUCUGAAGCGAACGUACGUAGCCCAUUUUGCAGAUGUAAGCUCUGGUCUCUAUAUAGAAAUUAGGCAAUUGUUUGCUUUAGACCCCUAAAUUGAACAAGCACAAGGUGCUCCAUCUAUUUUUAUACUUUGUUACAAUCUUUAGCAUGCUAAGCAACAACAAUGGUUGAGAUCAGGGGCGGAGGUAGUGAAGGAGGUGUGGGGUCAACUGACCCCACUACUUUUUUAAAAAAUAUUUCUUUUUUAUUUAAGAAAAUCUGUACUAACCUCAUAAAAAAAGAAAAUUUGACCCCACUAAAAAUAUAACUUCACAAAAAUAAUCACAAAACAUUAAAGAUUGAAAAUAAUUUAAAACUAUAUAAAUAAUAUGUUUAUUUUAUUUGUGAAACAUUUGAUUUAUAUUAAUUUUAGCUUAAAUUUCAAUAAACAUGUUUUUUAUAUUAAAUGUUAGUUACAUAUUUCAAUAAAACCCAAAUUGUUUUAGGUCCAAUAAUUAUUAUUUUUUUUGAAAUUAAUGAGUGAAUUUGAAAAAAAGUGAUUUGUGCUUCUUUUUUGGACAAACGCAAAAAGAAAGAACUCUCAUGUUACCCAAAGUUUUCUAUUUUUUUUUUGUUAUACACUCUCCUCUUUAUUUUACCAAACUAGAAAUGAUUAUGAUUAACUAAUUCAAUAAAAAUGUUUAAGGUUUAUAUUCAUGAUCUGAGUAUUUUUUAAAACUAAUUUUGUUUUUACAAGUAGAUUAAUCUUUAAAAUUUACCAGUUAACUAAUGGAUCAGUUUCUGAAUCGGCGAAAAAAUAUCAGCAAGUGAAAAUUGUCAAAAAAUAGUAUUACAAUAUCGCAGUAGUAAUGAGUACCUAAAAUUGUUCUGAUUUGUUUUAUCGAAAAUAUUUUAAAUUGUAGUAAAUAAUUAUGAUAAACAAGUUUUAAAAUAUGAAUGAUCAUAGAAUAUAUUUAUAGUUUUUUGUGGUUAUAAAUUAUGUAUUUGGAAAAAAAAAUUUGACCCGGUUACAAAAAAUUUCUGGCUCCGCCACUGGUUGAGAUCAUGGUGUCUGCCGCCAAAAACUGAAGCUAGAACUUUUGACUUGAUCAAAGUACUGCGAGCACCAAUAGCACAUGAACUUUUGACUUGAUCAUUACUUUCUUUUUUCCGGGUUCUUUAACACAGUGGCUCACAAACAAUAUUUACCACAGCUUGAGCCUUGAGGAUUGAGCUAUGAAUUCAGUUCCACCUUCAAGGAAAACUUCAAAAGGACCUUGAAAAAAAAACACUUGAAAGCGGAUAAUCUCUUUUUUUUUUGUCAUCAAGUAAUAUAGAAGUUUAUAAGAUUACAUGUCUAACUAAAAAGUCUGUCAAGAUCGAGUUCCUCUAAAUAUCGGAAACAAAAUUUUAUUGUGACUGAGAUUAUAUUGUUUCGGCAAAGUUGAGCAAGUUUUUUACGUAUUCAAAUAAUUAAAUUCUAAACUUUAUAAAGCUAAAAAUAUAUCAAGUUUUUAAAAAAUUUAAAAUUUCUUAAGGUUCGAAUUUUCUUUUUGAGUAUCCCAGCUGAAAAAUAUUUAUUUUCUAAUUUUAACUUUAAUUUUUUUAUUAUAUUUAUUUUUGGUUUUUAUUUAUUAAAAACUGUUACAUCAUCGGACUUUUUACCCGUGAAUGAAUAGUUUAGUUAUAAUUUUGACUUGAUAAACUGUUACAUCAUCGGUUGAGGUUUUAAAUUUUUAUAUUUUGGUUUUAUUUUCAUUGAAUAAUUUUUUUUUCAUUUCAUGAGAACUUAAUUUUUCGUUUUAUGAUUUCAUUUAUAGGUUUUCUUUCUAUCAAUAACAACGUUUACCAUUCGUUUGAUUUUGAAUGAUCAUGUUUGAUGUUUUUUUCUUAUUUUUGAAUUGAUUUUACUUAUGUUUUGUUUAUAAAAUAGGUACAAAUCAAGUACUUUAAACCCGAAGAACCGAUUGUACUUAUGUUUUGGUUACAAAAUAGGUAUAAAUCAAUUACUUUAAAACCAAAUAACCGGUUGGAACCCAAAACCCGAAAGUACACCGGGUUGUACCGGUUCUUUGAAGAUUUACUAACCCCGACCCGAACCCGAUAAAACCCGAACCGGUCCCGAACCAAACUUUUAUAUAAUCCGAAUGGGGUUGAUUUUGAUAAACCCGAAAAACCGAGAUCCAAUUGGACAAAACCGAAACCCGAUUGUGACCCGAAUGCCCAUGCCUAUGUUAGUCAAAAUAAAAAUCAGUUUUGCUAUGUAUGUCACAUCGGUGCCCUGGCCAGACAGCAACCAAUUUUUUUUAUUGCAUCUCCCAUUGAUUUUUGGUGAAUUGACACCUUCGCCAUGAGCAGCAGCAUUACUCAUAGCAUUGUGUGAGUUUAAGCACACCUAUUUUGAACAAAAAGUUGGGUUCUCCUGCAAACAUUUGAGAAAUACGAAAACUACAAAACAUACUAAUAAUGCUUAAGUGGAUACAUGGUAAACCGAAUUCGUACACCUAACAUACCGAUUAUGAUACAUGGUAAGCCGAGAUAUCUCUGCACUAGUUUUUAAAACCCGAAAAUAAGUCAGAUUUUCCUGCAUCCGCUAUGACUUAUAAAUACAAACAAAAAUCUUGACAAACAUAAUAUUUUACGCGUAAUGUGCAACAGAAUAUUAGAAUAAAAAAAACCUGUCAUAUCGAACAGAAGUGUCGUGUUCACUUGUGUGCGUAUUAUACCCUUAUUCAUCACAGUUUGUAUACACAUUCAUAAGAUCAAUAACAUUCACUUUUCAUACUAAAAUCAUCAAUAUAUAGUCGUCUAUAAGUUAUUUUUUGAAACGUCAAUACAAACCGUAACUCUAAUUUCAGAGUGGAUUUUAAGAUCAAUCAAAGACAUCAUUGAUUCUAAUCUUUGGCCGGUCGUAUAUUAUGAAAAAUUCAUUUCAAAGUUCUUAAUUUAAUUAAUAUAGCAAACCCAUAAUAUAUGUCUCUCUCAAAUAGAAGAAACUAAUAUGCACCAAAAGAUCAGCUAUAGUUCUUUCUUACGACCUGCUAACGACUUCAGACUCGUAUAAAGUUGAUUUAUAUGAUACCUUAGGCAAUAUAGUCUGAAGUUAUUGUAUUUAUGGGGCUUGUGAAUCGAGUUUCUAUUCUUUUUAUAAAGUGAAUAAUAUUAGUUUUGAUACAUGUGGAAGCGUCUUUCUUCAUGCUUUACGUAAGGACCAACUUCGCAACUCACUUUUAUUAUGUUUGAAUGUAACAAAAAAGAUUAGUGCUGAAACUCUUUUUUCAUAUUAAAUCUUGACCAAAUAUAAUAUCUAAUCUUAACCUUUAAAUGAAUUACGAGAUAAACUCUUUAUUUGAGCCAGACACUAGAAGUUGGUCUUUUCAAUAAACACAAAAGCCAAUUUGUGUAAAUUGAUAUCAACUCCGUAUCUUCACAGAAGCUAUAUAUUUCUGUUAUUUUUUUUAGAGUAAUUACCUAGACUAACUCACAUUCAUCUUAAAAUUACUACAAUAACUCAUAUUAAAAUUAAAUUACUAGACUAAAAUGAGGGAUAAGCAAAAGUACUAAAAGCCCAUUACUAAUUUGAUUAACUACAAAAUUGCCACUAAAAAAAAAAAGUAAAACAUAUCGACAAAAAAAAAAGAGAAAAAUAGAAACAAACCUUUUCUUUCUUCCUCUCACGACGACAUCUACUUCUCCGUCGUCUGAGUUCUCUGUCACAGCCAUCGUCGUCAAGACCUCUGCCACAGCCGCCGUCGACAACUCCUCUGUCACAACUGCCGUCGACAACUCCUCCUUCACAGCCGUGGUCGACACCUCCUCCUCAAGUCGCAAUCGGCUUUGAUUUGGGUAGGAGAUGAAUCCCAAUUUCAACUGUACGGUUUCUUCUUCGGAUAUAAGAAAGUAUCCUCGUCGUUUGUAUGAGGUUGGGAAAACCCCAGUUCAGAGUAGGAGCAUGAACCAUAGUUGUUAUCUCUCCAACAUUCAAACCGUGAGAGAAGAACUUGGGGAAGAUGUUUGGUCUGAGUUGAGGGAAUCAGCUAUUGGAGUUAUUGUGAAGCUGAAAGAGCUGCCUUAUAUUUGGUCUGCGAAAGUUGUUCACCAUUUUCUUGCCAAUCAAUUGGCAAUUGAGAGCAGUCAUGAGAUUUGGUCUUUGAUAGAUGAUUCUAUGCCAUUGCGUUUCUCUUUGUAUGAGUUUGGAGAGAUUACAGGUCUGAAUUGUGAUCCUUUCGACAAGCAUGACGUUUGGGAUGUUGACCAUCAAGAGUUUUGGCUGGAGAUGAACGUUCCGACAUCAGAUGGACCUACAUUGCUAGAGUUGCAAGCCAUAUUGCCGAUUUGCAGAAACUGGCCUCGAGAGAAGCGAGUGAUGAUUGGUUUGCUGUGUCUGCUAUCCAUUGGCAUAUUUGGCAUUUCAAGCAACAGCAGAAUUCCUUUGCAUUGUGCUAAAAGGGUGAUGGACACUGCAGCUUUCCAGCGAUAUCCAUGGGGCCGUAUUGGAUUUAGCAGCCUUGUCGAUUCCAUUAAAGUACUCACAUAUGAAGCAGAGAAGAGUUACACACUUCACGGCUGUGUUCAUGUGCUGUUAAUAUGGGUUUAUGAGUCUGUCCCUGGUUUAGGAGAAAUAUAUGGGAAUCGGAUUGAUGGAGCUGAUGUUCCUCUUCUGUCAUGGAAGGGAUCUCGUACGCGUAUAAAUUUCUCAGAUUUUUGUGCCCAAGAAAAGAAAAAAUAUCCAAAGGUUCGUGUGAGGCAUAUGAUUAUGAAGCCAGUGGAGGAUAUAUAUCCGAAGUGGGACAAUGAUAAAAUCUAUACUGAUCUGGACAACAUGAUAAAAGACAUCCUUAAUGGUCAGCUAAAUGAGAAGUUUUGGGAUGCAGUGCCCACUACCAAAUGCCAGAAGAGAAAAAAUGGUGUUGCCGCAUCUGUUGUUCCAAACCAGAGGCCUUCUACUAUGCGAAGAAAAGACAAAGAACCUGCUGAUGGAAGUGAAGCAUCUGAUAUGGCUGCAGCUCACAACGUUGCCAUAAGUGGGUUAGCUGAGUUGGUUAAAAUCCUCACUGCGAAAAUGGAAGGCAUCGAUGAUAGUGUAGCUGACAAGGUUACUAAAGCAUUAGAUGCUACUAUUGACUCUAAGGUGGAAGCAAGAGUGCGAGCAUAUGAGUCUGACUUACGGAAUCAGAUUGCAAAAUUGGAGGCACAAAUAAAUGAUAGUAAAAACAACGCUGAUUUGAACAUUGCUCCUGAUGUCGCCACCUCCAAAGCGUAUGAGGAUGAGGAAGAUGGUGCUUGUAGCAAUGACUUGUCAUGGAUUGUUCAGAAGAAGAUCAAUUCACAAGAUGGACUGCCAGUUGAUUGUGUUGUGAAGAAGGAGAAAAAAGAUAAGAAGACGAUGGAUAGCACACAGAAUCUUACGACUGAAGUGGUGAUAAAGACUGGGAAGAAAGCUGGAAUUCCACCAACAAGAGUUAAGCAAGAGAAGGCCUUCGAGAUCCCACAGCUAAAUGAUGAAUCCAUAUCUUCAAAAGAUUUGGAAAAUCAUCUACUGUGGGAGAAGAGUGUAAAAUGUAGGGCGGUGUUGGAAGCACUUGCUUCAAAUUUGAAAGAGCCUACACGCAGACGCAAGCCUCAGUUGACAAAGACUCAAGUUUGGCCGUUUGUUGGAAAUUCAACAGUGAAGCGUAUUAUAAGUGGUGAGAAAGUCUCCAAGGAACCUUAUGACCCAUUAGCUAAGGUGGAGGCAGAGAAACUGCAGAAAGUUUUGGACUUCAUCAACUCUGAUUUGGAAGCAAAGGAGCCUGGUGUUGGAGAUGAAAGUGCUGGAUUUUUCUUGAAGUUAUUGAUCCCUAGGGAUGAUUGGCCAACAAAAGACUACGGCUGGUUGAAUGACUCCCACAUUGCAGCAGCAAUGCUUAUGUUUCACAGACGGUCCAGGCAAGAACAGUCUCCAUAUUCCUCUUCUCGAAUUGCAUUUCUGUCUCACUGGUUUGUGAACUCAUGGGUGAACGACUACAAGAGCUGGGACCAGAACACUGAGUUGUCAGAAAUGUACACCAAGGCUUUUAAUGGAGAACACCCGGCUGAUUUUGUCACAGGUAAUAAGUGGAUUGCAGACGUCGACGAUCUUUUCCUCUGCCACCAUGUUAAUGGAGAUCACUGGGUUGCUCUACGCAUCGAGCUGCUUAAGGGGAAAAUUCAUGUCUAUGAUAGUAUUUGCACACAUGUGAGUGAUAAGGAGAUGAAAGAGGCAUGCCGGCCUUUCAUGAGAAUGAUACCAGCAUUGCUUAACAAGAUGGUGCCUGCUAAAACGAGAACGAAAAGUGGAAAGCAGUUCGGUUAUAUUAGGCACAAGAAGAUCCCCCAAAAUGAGAACCCGGGAGAUUGCGGUGUGUACUCUUUGAUGUACAUUGAAUGUCUAGCUCUUGGACGUAACUUUGAUGGCUUGAAUGAUCAGAUUAUAACACAAUUGCGCUUGAAGUUGGCAGGAGAUAUUUAUGAGGAGGUGACUAAGACAGCCGAAUAGUUUGGUUUCUAGCUUUAGAGAUGUAACUUGAUGUUUUUUUGGUUUUAGACGGAUGUAUAAUUUGAUGGUUUUUGGCUUUAGCGGAUGUAUAACUUGAUGGUUUUUGGCUUUAGCGGAUUUAUAACUUGUUUGGUU